UCUAGUACAAUCUUUUAUCUUGUAUAUUUGUCCCUGCAGCUUAGUAGCAACUAUCUAGUACAGACGCCUGUUUUAAACUCAUCCAAAAAUGUGCAAGUGCCUCGCCGGUAACGUAGCGUGCUGCUGCUUUAAUUGCGCACUUAGUGUGCUAAUAUCAAUCAUCAGUACAUUUUUAAUCGUUUUUAUUGUGGUUGGCAUAGUUGUGUACUUUGCUUACUACCACGAAAAGGAGGAUGAUGUCUCCAAACUCAAGAACGCGGUCACCGAUAACUUCCAGUCAGGCCUUGACAAAAUAAAAGAUGCCCUAAGCAAGAAAUAAGCUUCCGUAUUAAAUUUUAAUGGAACUAUGGCAACAACCACCUACUAACGAAGCGAAAAGCCUUAAACCAAAAUGAUGAUAAUUUUCAAGCAUUUUCAAUACCAGUACAAAAACACAGUGCACCAUUUGCAUAAUGUCUAAAUCCAAUAGAUAUACAUACAUUUAUAUAUGUAAAACUCAAAUAAUUUAAUUUAAAAAAAAAAAAUAUU